UGUAAAGAAUAAUUGUGUAGAGAAUUAAUGAUAUAUAUAUAUAAAUGAAUUAGGAGUAAAGUGAGGUAUUUAUUGAAUUCUUUUGUAUUUAAAUCGUCGGUUUGAUCCAAUUUAAAAUCGUCGAUUCAAUCCGAUUCGAAACCGCCGGUUCACAAUUUCUAAAAAAUAUGAACGUAAACCAAACUGUAGAAGGAUGAUUCCGGUUUGGUUAAAAGUCAAUUCUAAUUUUGACCAAAUCAAUUCCGAUUUGAAAUCGGACCGUAGCCACCCCUACCUCAACUUUCCUCAAACGUCAAAUCAAAGACGAAAGAAAAGUCACAAACACGUUUUUCUUUUACCUUUGUGUUGGUUUGGCUUGGGUUUUUCAUGGCUUUCAAGACUGAGGAACAAAAAAAAAAAAAAAAAAAAAAGGCUCUCAACCAUGGAUAGUGUAGAAGUUCUUCUCAACUCCUUGCUUCUAGUCCUCCUCUUACCAUCUUGUCUUUCCAUUUCUGCCAUAACCUUAAAUCAAUCCAUCACAGGCAGCAACCUUCUACUGUCCAGAAAAGAAAUUUUUGCACUGGGAUUUUUCAGUCCUGGCAACUCUAAAUAUAAAUAUCUUGGCAUUUGGUAUCACAAACUACCAGAACAAACUGUGGUGUGGGUUGCGAACAGGAACAAUCCCAUUAAUGACACUUCAGGAGUCCUUUUCCUAGCCCCAGAUGGAAACCUUGAGCUCUAUAACAAUCAUGACAGAGGACUUCCUUUCUGGUCCACUAAUGUUUCAAUGGAAGGAACAGUGGAUUGUGUGGCUUGUCUCCUAGAUUCGGGAAAUCUGGUUCUGGUCCCAAAUGAUGAAAGCAAAAGAAUUUUUUGGCAAAGCUUCGACUAUCCCACAGAUACCAUGCUUCCAGGUAUGAAACUUGGGUUGGACAGGAGAAUUGGCCUAGAACGGUCCUUAACGUCAUGGAGAUCAGCGGAUGAUCCAGGAACAGGGGACUGGUUGUACAGGCUCAACCCCAGUGGCUGUCCCCAGUUCUUUUUGUACAACGGUUUAAUCCCAUAUUGGAGAAGCCCCCCAUGGCCCUGGGGACCUACACCAGUGCCCGGUUAUUCAUCUACUUCUACUAACAAUCAAGAUGAGAUAUACUACUCUUUCCAUUCAGAGGUUGAUGAAUCUAUUCCCACAAGAAAUGUGGUUAACAACUCUGGAUUGGUCCAGCGGCUUACUUGGGAUAAUAGUUCCUAUCAGUGGAGGGUACCCCGUUCAGAUCCUAAGUACAUCUACGGACAUUGUGGUGGAUACAGUAUAUUGAACGCCAACAAUUUUGAUAGUCUAGACUGCAUGUGCCUGCCAGGGUAUGAGCCCAAGUCCAUAAAGAAUUGGUAUCUCAGAGAUGGCUCUGCUGGGUGUGUGAGGAAGCGAGAGCAAACGAUGUCAAUGUGCAGAAAUGGAGAAGGGUUUGUUAAGGUAGAGCAUUUGAAGGUUCCUGAUACUUCAAUAGCUGCUUUGAUGAACACAAGUUUGAGUAGUACAGAGUGUGAGCAACUGUGCUUGAAUAAUUGUUCCUGCAAAGCGUUUGCAGUCUUAGAUAUAGAAAGGAAAGGAGUAGGCUGCUUGACCUGGUACGGGCAAUUAAUGGACACUACGCAGUAUUCUGAGGCGCGUGAAUUGUAUGUUCGGGUGGAUGCCAUAGAGUUGGCUGAGUAUAAAAAAAAGGAAAGAGGUUUUCUCAAAAAGAAGGGGAGGUUGGCUAUUCCAAUAUUAUCUGUUGGUUUCGCAAUAUUUCUCAUUGUCAUAUUUGCCUACUUGUGGCUAAGCAAUAAGAGAAAAACAGGAGUGAAAAAGAAAGCAAUAUUUUCUAUAUUGCUGGAAAAUGAGCUUAUAGAAAGUAGACAAUCUCCAGAUUUGCCAAUUUUCAAUCUACGCACUAUAUCCGCUGCCACUAACAAUUUUAGUCCGGCUAACAAACUUGGACAGGGUGGUUUUGGCUCAGUGUAUAAGGGUCGGCUGCACAAUGGGCAAGAGAUUGCUGUAAAAAGAUUAUCCCAGAGUUCAGGCCAAGGGAUUGAAGAAUUCAAAAAUGAAGUCGCAUUAAUUGCGAGGCUUCAACACAGGAAUCUUAUAAAACUUCUAGGGUGCUGCAUUCACAGAGAAGAACAAAUGUUAAUUUAUGAAUACUUGCCAAACAAAAGCUUGGACUGCUUUAUUUUUGAUCAGAGACAAAGAUCAUUCUUAGAUUGGAAUAAACGCUUUGAUAUAAUAGUUGGAAUUGCUCGUGGAAUCUUGUAUCUUCACCAUGAUUCAAGAUUGAGAAUUAUCCAUCGAGAUUUAAAAACCAGCAAUAUAUUACUAGAUGCUGAUAUGAAUCCUAAAAUUUCUGAUUUUGGCAUGGCAAGAAUAUUCAGAGGGGAUGAAGUACAAGACAAAACCAACCGAGUUGUAGGAACAUACGGCUAUAUGGCACCAGAGUAUGUGAUGUUUGGAAAAUUUUCAACAAAGUCUGAUGUCUUCAGUUUUGGGGUUAUGUUGUUGGAGAUUAUAAGUGGCAAGAAGAGUAACACUUGUUAUCCAGAGGAUCCUUCCCUGAACUUGAUAGGGCAUGUGUGGGAGCUAUGGAAACAAGAAAGAGCUUUGGACAUAGUAGAUUCAUGUCUAAAAGAGUUUUUUCCUCCUCUUGAAGUAAGGAGAUGCAUUCAAAUUGGGCUAUUGUGCGUGCAAGAAGAGGCAACAGGUAGACCCACCAUGCCACAUGUUGUUCUGAUGCUAAACGGUGAAACAGCCCUUCCGUGUCCUAAACGACCUGCUUUCAUUUUAAGAAGAAAUUGCAGUGAUCCUAAUCUGUCAACACUAGGAGGAGCAAAAUGUUCUUUAAAUGAGGUGACCAUCACCAAGAUCGAAGCCCGCUAGAGAUGUUAGUAGGAAUUUUUACCGGACACAACAUUAAUAGUCAUGGAUUUCUGGGAUGAUAAGCGUGUAUAUGGUUUCCCCAGAUGUUGAAUUGGACUUAUAUUUAGGGGGUGUAUCCGUUUCUAAGGUCUCAACUAAACUAAUAUUUGAACCGAUUAGAACUGUAUUAAAAUGAACUUAUUUUAUUA